AUGAAUAUCUUAACUACUGCGGAUCUAAGUGACGACGGCGUGCCACUACUACGCACUGGCGUCGAUGAUGAGGAAUUUCUUUUGGCUAGUUUUGAAAAUGUGGAAAUUUAUGCAUUUAUUAGUGACAUAAAUCAUGUUGGCGAUGAAACACAGCCGAUGGCACCCAGCGGGUUGGUUGGUACACUGUUCGUAACCACAAGUCGCGUGAUCUGGUUGGGUGAUGCAAUGAAGACACAUGUAGGUUACGCAUGGGAGAUGAACACAAUUACGCUUCAUGCUAUAAGUAGAGAUCCAUUGGCUUUUCCAAAACCAUGUUUGUAUUGCCAAAUUAGUAUCGAAGACGUUUUGUCAGAAGUGCGCUUUGUGCCGACCGACGACAAUAUAUUGCAAGAAUUGUUUAAGGCUUUCAGCAAGUCGGCCGAAAUGAAUCCGGAUGACGAUGAAGAUGACGAUGAUGGAUGGAUCUGCAAUGAAGAUGAGGUGGUGGAUGGUGCUCGAGCAGCUCAAUUGGCUGCGAAUUUUGACUCAAUGCUUCAAGUAUCCCCAGAACUGGAGAAUAGUGCAAUGGAAAUAGGACAAUUUGAUGAUGCAGAUGAGGAUAGUCUGCUUUAA